GAGGGGGCGGCUCGCCGGGCAGUGCCUGUGGGCGAGGGGAUAGUGAUCAGCGCAUCACCCUCCAUCACCCUCUAGUUGUUGCCCGUGUUCCCUGGUUGGUGUCUGAGGGAUGUUGCAUCUGUACUUGGAUCUUGCAGCGCAGUGCCCAUGAUGAGGGAAUGCUUAUUGCUGACACCCAGGAAGGUCGCUAGUUACUGUUGGUUAGCGUGUGGUUAGUGUGUGUGGUGUUGGUUAUUGUGUGGUUAGGAUGUGUGGUUUGUGUGUGGGGCGUUAGUUAGUGUGUGGGGUGUAGAUAUUGCCUGGGCGUUAGUUUGUGUCUGGAGCAUUAAUAUCUGGGGUGUAGUUAGUGUGUGGUUAAUGUGUGGGGUGUGUGGUUAGUGCCUGGGACGUUAGUUUGUGUUGGAGCAUUAAUAUUUGGGGUGUAGUUAGUGUGUGGGGUGUUGUUAAUGUGUGGGAUGUGGUAUGGAGAUGCUCGCUGACACCCACAUGGUGUGUUAGUCACCGUGCAAGUGCCUCUAUUGUGUGGGUCGGUUGCAGCGCCCAGAGUGUAUCAGGUGGGCUGGGUUGCCAGCUGCUGCAGCUCCCUCCCGUCACUACCAUGUACACGUUCGUGCUCCGGGAUCGGAACAGCUCGGUCUACGCUGAAGUGGGCAAGAUGCUGAUCUCCACGGGGCAAUGGCGGAGACUCAGGAGGGACAAUCCCAGGUUCAACCUGAUGCUGGGGGAGAGGAACAAGCUGCCUUUCGGGACCCUGGGUCAUGAACCAGGGGUCGCACAGCUUGUGAACUAUUACCGGGGUGCUGACAAACUCUGCCGCAAAGCAUCACUAGUCAAGCUCAUCAAGUCGAUCCCGGAGCUGGAAUCAUGCACCUGGUUCCCUGAAUCCUACGUCAUCUACCCCACGGGGCUACAAGCCACGGCCAUCCCCUUGCAGAAUGGAUUAACAGUGCAAAGAAAUAACGUGCGGACGGAUGACCGGGAAGUGUUCCUGGCAUCGUACCACAAGAGGCAAGGGAAUGCAGAGCGGAACGUGUGGGUAGCCAAAUCUUCAGCCGGUGCCAAAGGUGCUGGGAUUUUUAUUUCUUCUGACGCCAAUGAACUGUUGGACUAUAUCGAUACUCAAGGUCAAGUUCACGUGAUUCAAAAAUACCUCGAGAGACCAUUACUGUUAGAACCAGGACACCGAAAAUUUGACAUCAGAAGCUGGGUGCUUCUUGAUCAUCAAUAUAACAUAUACCUCUACAAGGAAGGAGUGUUACGAACUUCCUCUGAUCCAUAUAAUAGCACGGAUUUUCUGGAUAAAACUAGUCACCUGACAAAUCACUGUAUUCAGAAGGAAUUCUCCAAGAAUUAUGGAAAAUAUGAAGAAGGGAAUGAAAUGUUCUUUGAAGAAUUCAACCAGUACCUGAUGAACACCCACAAUGUCAGCUUGGAAAACAGUAUUUUGCCCCAAAUCAAGCAAAUUAUAAGGAGCUGUCUAAUAAGCAUCGAAUGUGCAAUUGGCACAAAGCUGCUCCCAUACCACAGCUUUCAACUGUUUGGAUUUGACUUCAUGGUUGAUGAAGAUCUCAAAGUCUGGCUGAUUGAAGUGAAUGGAGCCCCAGCAUGUGCCCAGAAACUCUACGCCGAACUUUGUCAAGGAAUCGUGGAUGUAGCCAUUUCCUGCGUCUUUCCAUUGAGUGAAACGACACAGAAGCCAAGCGCGCAGUCUGUCUUCAUCAAGUUAGGAAGUUAACAGAAUGUUGUCCUAGUCGCCUUUCAUUUCACACUCCAAUAAUAUAUGUAGUGGUAUCAAGGCUGCAUUGCGAAUCAUGUAGCGAGAUUCUAUCCAGCCUGGUGCAGGCAUGAUGGAAGAGCAAUUAUGAAACUAAGAAAUUUUUAUCUAUGGUUAAUGACUUGUAUAAAUCAACAUCUUAUUACGGCUUUAAGACUUUUGUUGGACAAAUUCCAAACAAGCCCCUGUCAAUGGAAGUUGUGUACCUGGUACAUAAUGCUUCAAACGCUGUGAGAAUGUUACUAGCUCUUGCGCUCUUUACUUUAGAUGAUUAGCAGGCGUUGCACAGUAGUUAUCUUGACAUAAUCUGCUUCUGGGUUACAUGAUUAGAAUGACUGUCCUGGACCUUGAGGGGUUGGUUCCCUUGAAGUGCUAUUACGGUACUCCAGCAUCAAGGAUGCAGAUUUAGCCGAGUGUCUGCGUCCCUCAUAACGUGCCGAAUUCUUCCGUGAUCAUUGAUAAAGUGAUUGUUGGAAAUGGAAAUCACUGUGACCACGAAUGGCCUAAAGCAACUCCUGAUUGCACAUCACCCAUGUGCGUGGUACUGUUUCUGCCCUGUGUGAAUGCUUGAGAGCCCGCCAGGAGGCUAUGCGCUGCUGCCUUUCAAAUGAUCUACACUGGUGCUUUUUGAAACGCAGCUCACGUUGAAGGCGAGGAGUUCUGCUUGUGUUGUUGUUUAUUUUAACUAUCUUCGUAAAUACUUGAUCCUUUGAGAGGAGUUGGGAUAGAAGAAUCUCAAACGUACCUCAGGGGUGAUGGGGAGAAGGCAGGAGGAUGGGGUUAGGAGGGAGAGAUUGAUCAGCCAUGAUUGAAUGGCGAAGUAGACAUGAUGGGCCAAAUGGCCUAAUUCUGCUCCUAUCACUUAUGACCUAUCAUGAGUGGAAUUCUAAGUCAACUUUAUGAAGGGAAAGGACAUUUUUUGUUGUUGUCUUUGUUUCCAGGUUAUUGUCGUUGCUCUUAGCGUUUGGAGCUCUGCAGGAUGAAAUGCACUACUACAAACUCCAAAUCAUUCCACCUCUGCCUUCUGAAAGCCGAUACAAAGCUGAUGAACAGUAGUCGAAUAUAAGCUGGUAGCAUGCACUAAAUGCAUUUGUCCUGA